AUGUCUCCACGUGUACGUCGUGUUGUUGGUGGUUCGGUCGGUAUGGGAAAGUCAUCGAGCGUGAGGCUAAACUGUUUAUGCGCACCAACCACACAUGCUGGAUCAUUCAGGUGCCGUUACCACCGUCGUAACGCCGGACUCGGGAUGUCACGUGGCAUAUCCGUUCCUUCGAACCUUUCAAUGUUGGCUGGUGCAGGAGGUUCUGCAUCAUCUCCCAAGUCGUCCCAUGAUUGA